UGUUAAGGCGCGAGGCUGGACUUAAACAACGGUUUGGACAAUCAUUUGUGAGUUGAACGUGUAGCCAACUAUUUUACCUUCGCCAAUAAGUUUAUAGAAGGAAAGAAAUGCUCGAAUACGGAUUUCCAAGCGGUUUUGUGGUUACUGGGCGCUAUGGCUGGCUAGGGACAAUAACCUAUAUCAUAACUCUUUAACUUGGCCAAUAAAAAAUCGCAUUUACUUGGGACAUCAUAUUGUGCACUAAGGGGAUGAAGACAAUAGAAUGGCUUUUCAAACGAGUGUGAUUGAAACCAGUAACCACAAUUUUUCAAUUAUAGAAUUCAUGAUGUAUCUAAAAUUAUAAUCAUCGCGAUGUAUUUUAUGUCAACUUGGCUUAGUUUGCAAAGACUUCAUCGUUAGUGUUACCCCUUGUGUGAAGUGGUAUCGUCUAUCCAACAUGGCUCCAAAGUGACUGAAAACUCGUGCAACUCCGUAUUAAAUCGUUCAGAUUUAAUUAUUUCCGCCAUGACAUUUAGCUCAUGACCUGGUACCGCUUAUUUCGAGUAACAAGACAACUACAGACCGUACGAACGAUGACCCUGCCGCCGAGGAAAGCCGAAAACAUGGACCGGGAAGUAACGCUGCCGACUUCCGGGUCAGCAGACGACGGCGAGUUUUACGUCUGCAGUUGUUUCUUUACCAAUAAUUUCUACCUGAAGGACUACAACGUGCACGUGAUGUACAGGGAUGACGUGCAGUUUGGAGAGGAGUACAAGCAGGUAAUGAAGAAAUAUGGAUGCGGUACAGAUGAACAGUGGAACCAAGUCCUUGCACAGGUAAAGAGUGAGUUAGAGAGAAGACAGAACUUGUUUCAGCAGUCUCUGGAGAGAAGCAGGCAGAUCAGAACACAGUACAGACCACUUCAUCCUCAAGUGUACACAUUACAGGAAUCCUUCUUUGCACCAGAGUUCCUGGAGUUUGUCGAACUGUCCAGAAGAAGUAACACUACUCCAGAAGAUGUUAUGAAAUUUGUUACCUCGCAGCCAGAUGAUAGAGUUUAUGAGUUCCCUGUCUUCACCAAGCAGUUCUGUCAACAGUUCAUGGAAGAAAUCACUCACUUUGAAGACAGCGAUUUUCCUAAAGGCAGACCAAACACAAUGAACAACUAUGGAAUUCUCCUGAAUGAGCUUGGCUUUGAUGAAGGUUUUAUCACACCACUGAGGACUGACUAUCUACGACCCAUCUGUAGACUCCUGUAUCCAGACUGGGGAGGAGAUGCACUGGACUCUCAUAAGGCAUUUGUGGUGACAUACAAGCUACGAGAGGACCUGGACCUGAGCUAUCACUAUGACAACGCAGAAGUCACACUGAAUGUCUCCCUGGGGAAGGACUUUGAAGAGGGAUCUUUGUACUUUGGAAACAUGAGACAGGUUGUACAGUCCCAGCCCAGUUACCGUGAACACAAGCACCGUCCCACGUACGGGCUCCUACACCGCGGCCAGCACAAACAUGGCGCCAUGCCGAUCGACGACGGAGAACGCUACAAUCUCAUCAUCUGGAUGAGGUCGUCUAAGGUCAGGAACCAACUCUGCCCCAUGUGCGACCAACAACCGACGCUGGUGCGGACUGUGGGGUUCGGAGACGGGUUUACGAAAGAGACGAAAACUGUAGACGUGUGUUGUGCAAGCUAGCAUUGAAUCCGUACUUACUCAAGACACUUACUUUGACAUGAACUUACUAGAAUGAAGUAGUAUUCUGUGCAGCCUAUAUAUAGUAAUGUUUGUUGCCUGAAAUUUGUAUUUUCAUGUUCAAAUUGUUGAUUGAAAAUUAUCAAAAUUAGAUUCAUUUACAAUACAAGGGUAAUUUUAAUUGGCAAUGUUAAAUCUUUAAGAAUCUGUAUAUUUUAAAAGAAUGAUACUUAUUUUUACACAUACUUUAUUUUACAAGAAAUUAUAGAUUAAACUUGAAAUCAAAAGAUGGCAACUUUGAUUUUACAACAGAGUUCAUUUAUUCUGUAUGAACAUUAAAUAUCAAUCAAAAAUUGCUUUGAGCUGUACUAUCACAGGACAUGGUGUGAGCUCACACUUUGUAAACAUAAAGUGACAGUGUUUGCAAGUCUCAAUCCAUGUGUAAACAAAAUAUAUGUACAUCUUCUGUACUGACAUUGUGCAUAUAUUUACAGACAUUCACCAAAUAUA